AUGUCCCGGACUGGCACUACCAACAUAGAUGUUGAAGUGGUAAAGGGAUUGAGUCAACCUUCAGCGCUACACGACGAGCUUGUAGGCUAUAUACUUUCUACAGUGGGCUGCAAAUUACAUAAUGAGUCUACAUUGAGGCUUGUUUCUCAUGCCGCUCAGGUGGCACUUGAAAAGCUUAUCAAGGACGCUAAGAAUAUGCAAAUGAUAAACAAGUCGAUGGCUGAAGGCAAGGUCGGUCUGUUAUCUCCUGACGAGAUCCGGGAGCUCGACUAUCAGGUUAUCGUGGAGACAUUACAGAAGACCCAACCCACGGCGUACAACUACACAGUUUUCCUUGAGCCAAACACAAGAUUCUGA